AACGGAACAGAGCGAGCGUAUAAGGCAAAACUGGAGGUGAGAUCCGUAGCUUCGUCCAUCGGGAGACGACCGAUGCCUUGAAAGCGGAGAGAGCGGAGGGGUCGCUCGCAGCCCGCCUGGGACAAACGCCAGCUGACAUUCGACUGAUAUUUACGAAAAGGGGGACGCGGUGGACGCUGACCAGCGAGCACGUCGCCUCUUAGAAGAAUGGAGGGACGGGACCGUGGCCUUUAGGGACCACCAGGACCGGCUGAAAUGACGCUUUUGUGUUUGUCGUUGAUGUCUGAGCCCUGAAAGCUCCGCGUGUCCCGAAGGAGCGGACUGAAUUCGCCGCUCAGAUCGAGCACACAGCUCUGAAGCGUCGGCUGAACAAUUACACUACUUGGCUCCGCGCGCUUGACAGGCGCUGUCUGUUCUGAGAUGGCUCUCCUCCUCCUCCAUAUUCCCACACUGUUGGCUCUGCUGGCCCUGUUCCCCUCAUCUUCUCUGGGCUGCCCCUCAGGCUGCCGCUGCUACAGCCUGACAGUUGAGUGCGGCUCCAUCGGCCUGAGAGAGAUACCACGGGGCAUCAUUCACGGCACGCAGACGAUCUUCCUGCAGGACAAUGCCAUUGGUCAGAUCCGAGCGGAGGACUUAUCAGGCCUGGGCUGCCUGCACUACCUUUACUUGCAGAACAACAGCAUUUCAGCUCUGGAGCCUGGAGCCUUCGUAAGCCUGGGCCAACUGCUGGAGCUUGCCCUAAAUGGGAACCGUCUCCACCUGAUCUCUGCUGAUGUCUUCCGUGGCCUGGAGCACCUGCGCAUCCUCUACCUGGCAGGGAACAGGAUCACCCGACUGGAAGACUACACUUUCCGCGGACUGCAGCGUCUGCAGGAGUUGCACUUGCAGGAAAACACAAUGGAGGCACUGGAUGAGCAGGCUCUGGUUGGCCUGUCCUCUCUGGCUUUGCUGGACCUUAGCAGGAACAAUCUGAGGACCCUCAGUCCCGCCACACUCAGACCCCUCAUCAGCCUACAGGUGCUCCGCAUCACAGAUAACCCAUGGCGCUGUGACUGUGCCCUCCACUGGCUUCGCGGCUGGAUAAAUGAGGAGGGCCAGCGGCUCUUGAGCUCAGCUGAGCGGAGGCUGGUUUGUGCAGAGCCUCCGCGCCUCUCUCACCUCAGCCUGGUGGAGGUUCCAGCCAACAGCCUGGUGUGCAUCCCACCUGCUGUGCAACUGGAGCCCAGUCACCUGACAGUGCGGUUGGGAGAGAGCCUGCGAGUAUCCUGCCAAGCUUCGGGCUACCCCCAGCCUCAGGUUACCUGGAGAAAGGCAUCCCACGGCAAAGCACAGCUGUCCCCCCGAGGGCUUGUGCAGGAGGUAGGGAUGGACGGGGACAGUAGGGCUGGCGGGAGGCUUGUGACGGCCAGGCCUAGUGGUAAUGGGGGUAAUGUGGGUGGCCGGAGUUCAGCACGAGGCAUAGAGGAUAAUGGAGACAGGGACAACUUUGAUCCAGAUACGGGUAGUGGGAUGCUGUUCCUGAGCAACGUGACUGUGGCCCAUGCAGGACGUUAUGAGUGCGAAGCUUGGAAUCCUGGGGGAGUUGCCCGAGUGACCUUUCACCUGUCCGUCAACAUGUCUUCUUCAUCAUCGUCCUCAGCCAUCUGGCCUCGUCUGCACUCCCCAUCUUCCUCCUCUUCCUCUUCUUCCUCAAACUAUCAUCCAUCCUCAGGGGAUGUCAGCCAGGAGCCUCUUUAUGAGCUGGAGAGCAUGGACUUCAAUGCCCUGGGCACUGCCACCCAGACGGCCAUCGCUGUUGGCAUCUCUCUUCUUGCUCUGACUGCAUUGCUGCUGCUCUGCAUGAUCUACGGCCGCCACCGUCAGCGGCAGAAAGAGGAGGGUGGUGGCUAUGGGCCAAGCAAAGAGGAGUCCAUCCUUUAUGUCAACGACUAUUCCGAUGGACCCACCACCUUUGCGCAGCUCGAGGAGUACCGGGAUGAGCGAGGCCAUGAGAUGUACGUGCUCAACCGUGCCAAGCCUGUGCUGCCCCCACCACCUGUCCCAGGGCAGCAGGGCAUUCUGCAGUCCAACGAGUCACUCCAGGGCCAAGGAGUCCUGACCCCAGGAAGAGUAGCAGGCAUUGGCCCCCGCAGGGCUCCUGCAGAGGGUGGUGAGGGACCUCCGCCAGACCCAGAGGGACUGUUCAUCAACCAGAGCCUGCUGUUUGACACACAGAUUGCCUAUGAGAUCCACUGCUGAGGGGACCAGCAUGGGGAAGUUGAGAGGAAAAGCGGUCCAGAAGGCCAUUUACAGAAAAGGUCAUUUGCUGCACAUGGCAUUUGAAGUAAGAGUUGCUCAACAGUGGGAUCUCCUGGUGUGGUCAAG